AUGGCUAACUUCAUUCGCCCCACCAAGUCCGGCAGCGACUGGACUCUCAAUGAUCUAGACUCGUAUCACAUCAGCCUCGAUCAGGUAGACACCCUUCUAUUCUUUGGCUUACAGGAGUUGCCACAACUCGCGGUUGAUCCAGAGCUGCCAGCCAAUGCCGACGCUGACGCUAUGCAACAAGACAGCCACGCAGAGUUAAUCACUUACCUUGAUUUCGCCAUGAUCACCGAAAAGGGUGAAACCGCCGUAGGUGAUUUCGUCGUCGAGCUUUUCAAGACUUGGGGUUAUGUUCAUCGAGAACGAGUGGCACGCACGCGGGUGGACCUUUCGCUCCUGAUUUGCGGCGAAAACAGGUACGCAAAGGCCGACGUCUGUAUCGUCGAUCGAUCUCAGAACGAUAUCCUUCUUCUUGUCCAGGUGGACAAGAGGUUGGAGCACGGGGAGCCCGUCAAUGCGCGAGCUCAGCUUGUAGCAGCAGCAGCCGCGGCCUUUAACGAGAAGAAUGCGCAAAGGGAAGUGGUUGGACUCCCUCCUGUGGAGGAAACGGUCAUACCCGGCAUUGUCAUGGUGGGUACGUCGCCCGUGUUCUUUAAAAUUUCCGUCACCCGAACUCUGUCCGCUCAUAUUUGCCAUGGGACCUAUCCUCCAGAGGAAACCCGCGUGACCUAUGGUUAUCCGCCCGUUCCUCGUCCUGCCCGCCGGCGUAGUGAAGGGAUGAAGCCUCUGGACAACAGGCGUGAAAUUUUGAAGUGCUAUGAAGCCUUUAGGGUGAUUGCGGGAAUAUAA